AUGCUUUUAAGGAUAGAAGAGCCAUCUGUCCAGUUGCAGGACCCGGAAUCAGCAUCCUUAGUCCAGGCGGGUGGUGACGUCAUCCUGAGGUGUCAUAUGGACGCUUCUGGGGAAGUCCAUUUUGAAUGGUUCAGGAAUGCGGACCGUUUAGCGAGAUCAGCCAGGCUUGAAAUUAAGAAGAAAAGGUUGCACAUAAAGGCGGUAGAGCCCUCUGAUAAUGGGGUUUACAGAUGCGUGGCUAAAAAUGAAGCUGGGGAGAGGCGCAGCUCAAAAAAUUUUGCCUUGGCAGUAGCUGAAAAUACUGCCCUCAUCCAAACUGUGCCUUCUGAUGUUAUUGUGAAGAAAGGUGGUACUGCCAUAUUCGACUGUUCUUACCAACAUGCAGAUGUGAUUGAAUGGCACUUCAGAGAUGGAAAUAGUAUAACAACAAACAAUAGGAUCACAGUCCAUUCGAAUGGUUCUCUCCAAAUCGACAAUGUUACAGAAGAUGACGGAGGAAUGUACAGCUGUUCUGGAAUAAGGAGUGAAGCUGCAGAAGUACCCCAAAUCUACACUGCCGAACUAAAAUUAGCUUAUAUUCAACCUUUCAAAGCUACCUCUUUCGAACCAACACUGCCCGAACAUGGUGAAAAAAUUGCUGGGGAAGGAUCAAUGUUCCAGUUGACUUGUCUGGAGCCAGAUAGUUUUCCACUUGCCAAAAAAUGGUGGGAAAAUUCACAUGGCCAUACAAUAUCUGAUUCAGGAGAUAUAAGAGUUGAUGAUGGAAGAUUGAUUAUAGACAGUGUGAGAGCUGAAAAUGCAGGAAUUUAUAAAUGUGUAGCAGAGAAUAUCGCAGGAAAAACUGAGAGCACUGUGGAAUUGAUAGUUACAAUGAAGCCCAAGAUAACGAAACACCCAUCUAGUGUAACAGUGGAGGAGAACCAGAAAUCCUUGCUCCACUGCGAAUUUGAAUCGGAAUCACGUGACCACACCGUGAUCAAAUGGAGAAAGGACGGAAAGACUCUGAAACACGACUUCGACGAUAUGCAGUCGUCCCAUCAGAGGGCGAAAGUUUUCAAACAGAAUGGCACGUUGGUCAUCUUCAAUACCCAGGCUAGCGACAGAGGGGAGUAUGUUUGUGAAGUCCUCACAACAGGCCAGAAACCGGUUUUCUCAAAGCCGGCAACCAUUUCAGUGAUAGAACUACUCAGAUUCGUGCCAUCACCCGUCAACAAGAAAAUGGAACUCGGCAGUAUUGCCAGAAUCCACUGCAAGGCACAAGGUACCCCACCACCGAUCAUCCACUGGGAAAAAGAAGGAGUGACUGUUGAAAAUUUACCCAGUCACAUCACAGACAUGAAUGGUACGCUACACUUCAACGGAGUCCUCGCAGAAGACAAAGGGCGAUAUAACUGUUUUGCUAGUAACAGCCAAGGAGCUAUCAAUGCGACCAUCAAUAUCGAAGUAGUUGUGGCCCCAAAAUUCAGUAUUCUCCCAAAAACCCCAAUGGAAGCCAUUGAAGGACACUCUGUUAGCAUAGAUUGCGUGGUGGAAGGUGAUCCGAAACCUACCAUCCAGUGGGACAAGAAUCUGAAGAUGAACGAUUUCGACCAAUCUAGAUUCACUGUACUUGAAAAUGGUACUUUAUACAUCAGAGAAGUACACAGAGACGACGAAAAUAAAUAUGGCUGUACGGCCGGUAGCAGUGCUGGUCUCAACAGAAAAGAAGUCCAGUUAAUUGUACAUACACCAAAUGGUUUGGUACCAGAAGAUGACGAGGAUUCCACUGUCACCAAAGCCGUUUUGAUAACAAUGUCUGUAGCUGGUGCCUACAUCAUUUUGGUGAUCGGUCUGAUGAUAGAUUUGCAACUACUAUCUCAUAUUAUAGCUGCCAAAACUGAGAAUGGUGAUGUUGAGCACACAGAGUUGAAGGAAGCCGUGAGCUCGAACGGAUCAGCUUCCAAACCGAAAAUUAACGGAGUUGAAAGCCACAAGGAAGGUCAAAAGAGUGACGGAGCUGAAACAACCAAUUCACAGUCUUCAGGCCACUCGAAGAAAUCCAAAUCGAGUAACUACGAUAAGUUGGCCUUUCCGAGAAGUUAUCUCAAAGAAUCCACAUUAAUAGGAAGGGGAGAAUUUGGCGACGUUAUGGUAGCCAAGCUGCCAAAGAGCGUGGCACUUAAUAGCGACAAGAGGAGUUCUAGGAACUCUCAGAUUGCUGCAUCGUCAGAAUCAGCUGAUGAUAAAGAUAUAACGGUACUAGUUAAAGCUUUAAGCCAAACCAAAGAAGAAAACUGCCUGGCGGAAUUCAAGAGGGAAAUCGACAUGUUCAGCAAGUUGUCCCAUGACAAUGUCAUAAAGUUGUUCGGGCUAUGUCGGGAAAUUGAACCACAUUAUAUGAUUCUGGAACACACAGACUGGGGCGACCUGAAGAAGUUCCUGCUGGCCACCCAGACCGGCAAAUCUCCCGCCCUGACGCCGGUCCAGAGCGUGGCCAUUGUCCACCAACUCGGCCGCGGGAUGCAGCACCUGGCCAAUCACCGGCUGGUGCACAAAGACGUGGCCGCAAGGAACUGCCUGGUAUCGUCCACCCUGGUGGCAAAAGUGGGGAUGUGCCGACUAACCAGGGACCCGUACAGCCAGGAAUACUGCAAACAUGUCAACCAGAUCAUUCCAUUGAGAUGGUUGCCCUAUGAAGCAGUCUACGAAGACGAGUAUUCGACGAAGAGUGACAUUUAUUCGUUUGGAGUGUUAGUUUGGGAAAUAUUCGCUCAAGGAGAACUACCCCAAUCGAAAAUAAACGACAACAGUUUUCUUACAAAGCUGAAAGAAAAGAACCUGGAAUGGAAAGCACAUGCGUCAACACCUGAGCCACUGAUAAAAAUACAGGAAUCCUGUUGGGAAUUGGAUCCACAAAAGAGGCCAUCUUUCACCGAGCUGUCCGAAGAGUUUGACCGAGUACUUAAGUCUAUGUAAAUAUACAGUAAUGUCUGAUCGUUGUUAAAAACAAAAACCAAAUUUUAUGAAUGCAACCGAAGAUUUUCCGUAACUCAAGCUUCCAUAUUCGUAAAGAAAUGAGUGCAGUUAUGCAGAAAUGUUAUGAGAAUUUCUACUAAAUUUUAGUGUUAAGUUUAUUUAUUUCUAUAUUUUUAAGUGUGUGCGAUUAGUGAGAAAUUUUGACUCGUUCAGAAUGAUUAUGAAUAAGAAAUAUAUAUUUCACUUGUAAAUGUGUUCAUGCUUUAAUGCUAUGAUAUUCAAUCUCUGUGUGCUGAAAAUGAAAUGCACUCAGGGUACUUGAGUUGUAUGCUAUAAUUGUUGAUCUAAACAAAGUAUAAGCACGUUUAUAGAUGAUUUGCAGUGUUUUAGACUGUAUAAAAUAUCUCCUGGCCCCAGGGAUAAUGGAGAAAUAAAGCCUGGAAUUCGAAAAUGAAUUUUUAUCUAUUUAUUGUCUGUACUGAUUUUCUAUGAUUUUAUUGAAAAUUUAAAACUUUGUACAUAUCAUUUUUGAUAUUAAUUAUAUGAAGCAUAUCAUUCAGUAAUUGAUAAGUUGAAUUUAAUGUAUAUUGGAAAUUGGGAGCCACUAAACACUGCCAUGAAUACUCUAAAUCUCUUGAUGGACCUUUUAUGCCACUUUUAUAAAAUUGUUUUUCCAUAUACAUCUAUCGUGUUUUGUGAAUCGAAAAAAUAUGUAUAUAAAUUCUCGACCAGGAUUGAAUUAGUCUUGAAAAAACAUCAAAAUUAAAUUGAUCCUGGACGCCAUGGGUACACUUCCUAUUAUUCUUUCAUGGAUAAACUGAUCGGAGAAAGUUAAGGAUAUUGUAUGUAUGCUAUGAACAAUUUUUUCUAGAAAAAAUGCGGUAUAGGUAUCAAAUCCUUUGUCGUUUGCAUUUGAAAAUAACCUCAACUUUUUUCGAUCAACAUUUAUCUCACUAAAGAAAUAUUGUUUAUUCGAAAUUCCAUCACAACUGAAGGAACAGACGAAGUGCAUCAGGUUUCAGAGAAAACUUGACAGCUUUCCAGCUAUCUCAAGUUAUAUAGGUAUAUAGGUAUCAAUGAAAGUCCAGGUAAUGAUCUACUGAGUGAUAACUACACGAAAUAAUAUACAUAGGUAUGUAUUUUCAGAAUAUUGUAAAGUUUGGCUGAUGAAAUAUGAAUAUGUAGCAGAAUUCAAUUUGCUUUCAUAUACAUUCGUUGUCGAGUUAGUCUAUAUAAUGGUUAUCUAAAAAUUGUACAUUUUUAUUUUUUACUUCUUGUAGUUGCCUAGCUACCUAUAUAUAAUUAUUAUUGAAUAUUUUCAUUUUGUGUUCCGAAAAUUUAUGACAUAAUAAAAUUUAUUCGAUAUUACGUUUGCAAAAAAUACUAAGCAAUUAUUAGUCCCAAUACAAUCACUUGUAUUCAUGCAAAUGUUCGUACUUAUAUAAAUGUGUACAUUUGAAACGUCACUUUAGGCUUUAAGAAAAUAAUCAUUUACUCAAAUAUUUCUUAGGUCCCUGUAUAAACUAAAUAAGAUCUGUCCAUAUACUUAUAUAUUUUAGCAGUAUAGCUUUUUAUAAUGGUUUUAUAUAAUAUGAUUAUCAUUGUACUGUCCAACUUUUAUAUUAUUAUGCAUAAUCAUCUUUUGUGAUAUGUAUCCUAAAUGAAGAUAU